UAGCGUGCACUGUGCAGUUCAGGUGCACGUGAGCGAGGGCGAGCGCCGCAUUCCUCAAAGAACACUCUAGAAAAACCGUUGGACUCGACGUCAAUCAAAACCAGGACGACGACGACGAACACAUUUCUAAAAAGAGACGGAAGAUAUCUUUCGAGGUUAUGACAGACUUCACAGGUUGGACUUCUGUCCAAGUUUGCCAGUGGUUGAAAGAUAUUGACUUGGGGGAAUUCUGUGAAACUUUUGAGGAACAUGAGAUAGAUGGAGCCACUCUUGCUGUUAUCUCAGAGAGGAUGUCUGAGAGGCUCUUUCCGGUCAUUCGCAAACAGAGUCUGUUUCUGACCCAGUUGGAGAAACUUAAAAGCACACCAAUGAGCAGAGAGAACCCUCCAAGAAACAUUGAUAACUCCAGCCAAGCACAGUCCGGUCCAGAUACCUCUUUAGUUUUUCCAACAGUGCUGAGGAUGGCCAUAGACAGAAGAGAUUCUGAUCUGAAGAGUGCAAGUAAAACAAAACUACGGAGUCUACUGAUCCAGUCUCUUUUUGACCACCUCAGUAAGAAAACAAUGUACCCAACUCAUCUUCAAUACAUUGAGCUUCUGUCAAAUGUGAUAAUGGAUUACCCAUAUCUAAGGGAAAGUAUUGGGUCUGGAUAUGAUGCCCUGCUUGAAUCACUCAGAAAUAAGUUUAAGAAGGAAAGGCAGCCUCUUGUUGCCAACAAUGAAAUACAGCGACUGAAAGAGAGAUGGGCAAGAAGGAAGCGACCUCUUCAGACAGCGGAAGCUUAUCCAAGUACCAUGGUUGAUGCAGGAGAAGAUGAAAGAAGCAUCAGGGAACAUCUCCGAGUAAUAAAGGAGGAAACCGAGAAGCUUAGACCAAACUUGGAGCUUCUUAAAGAAAGGAUGGCGCUGAUAAAAAUCUACCGGAGACACUUUGUGUCUAACCACAGCACGGAGGAGAUUAUCUCUAAAUUUCCAUGUUUCAGACUGGCCAAAAUGCUCCUUUGGGAUCUGAGAGACCGUACCAACGUUGAUGUGGACCAACAGAUUCUCUCUCAGCUCUCGGUAAUGGCACCUAAAAUCCUUCAAGUUUCACGGAGUCCCCUGAUGGAGAAGUUCAGGUGUGUGGUUGAUGACUGUGAAGAUGGCAGACUGAAAAAAGGACUACAGUUGGAAGCAGCUAUUCUGCUCUUGCCUGCACUGUUUAAGGAGGACCCGGGGUUGCUGUUUGAAGUUGAGGUGAGGCAUGAACAACAGUUGACUGAGUGUAAAGCAAGUCUAAUUAAAGCACUACAAUUAUUGCUCAUUUUGCUGUGCAAAUGA